AUGAAAGUGCCUAGCACGCGUGCCUGGAGCAGAAUUUGCUGUCUGAAAAUGAGGAUAGCCCAAGCUGAAACUGGAGCCCUAGCCGGAGCCGGGCACUGGAAGACAGCCGCCGAGACCCGUCAGCCCUGCAUGAUGCAUCUCCGGCUUUUCUGCAUCCUACUCGCCGCGGUCUCAGGAGCCCGGGGCUGGGGCUACUAUGGCUGCGAUGAGGAGCUGGUCGGGCCCCUGUAUGCACGCUCCCUGGGCGCCUCCUCCUACUAUGGGCUCUUCACUGCGCCCCGCUUUGCCCGGCUGCACGGAAUAAGCGGAUGGUCUCCCCGGGUUGGGGACCCAAAUCCCUGGCUCCAGAUCGACCUAAUGAAGAAGCACCGGAUUCGGGCUGUGGCCACGCAGGGCUCCUUUAACUCGUGGGACUGGGUCACACGUUACAUGCUGCUCUACGGCGACCGAGUGGACAGCUGGACACCGUUCUAUCAGCAAGGGCACAACGCGACCUUCUUCGGUAACAUGAACGAGUCGGCGGUAGUUCGCCACGACCUGCACUAUCACUUCACCGCGCGCUACAUCCGCAUCGUGCCUUUGGCUUGGAACCCGCGCGGCAAGAUCGGCCUGAGGCUUGGCCUCUACGGCUGCCCUUACAAGUCCGACGUGCUGUAUUUCGAUGGCGAUGAUGCCAUCUCGUACCGCUUCCCGAGAGGGGUCAGCCGGAGUCUGUGGGACGUGUUCGCCUUCAGCUUCAAAACCGAAGAAAAGGACGGGCUCCUGUUGCACGCCGAGGGCGCCCAGGGCGACUACGUGACACUCGAGCUGCAGGGGGCGCACUUGCUGCUGCACAUGAGCCUGGGCAGCAGCCCCAUCCAGCCAAGGCCGGGUCACACGACCGUGAGCGCUGGCGGCGUCCUCAAUGACCAGCACUGGCAUUACGUGCGUGUCGACCGAUUUGGCCGUGAGGCAAAUCUCACCCUAGACGGCUACGUGCAGCGCUUCGUGCUCAAUGGCGACUUCGAGAGACUGAACCUGGACAACGAGAUGUUCAUCGGGGGACUGGUGGGCGCCGCGCAGAAGAACCUUGCCUAUCGGCAUAAUUUCCGCGGCUGCAUUGAAAACGUCAUCUUCAACCGAGUCAACAUCGCAGACUUGGCCGUGCGGCGCCAUUCCCGGAUCACCUUCGAGGGUAAGGUGGCCUUCCGUUGCCUGGACCCGGUUCCUCAUCCCAUCAAUUUCGGAGGUCCUCACAACUUCGUGCAAGUGCCUGGCUUCCCCCGCCGCGGCCGCCUCGCGGUCUCUUUUCGCUUCCGCACCUGGGAUCUCACUGGGCUGCUGCUCUUCUCCUCCCUGGGGGACGGGUUGGGCCACGUGGAGCUGAUGCUUAGUGAAGGGCAGGUCAACGUGUCCGUGGUGCAGACCGGCAGAAAGAAGCUUCAGUUCGCUGCUGGGUUCCGCCUGAAUGAUGGCUUUUGGCAUGAGGUGAAUUUUGUGGCCCAGGAAAACCAUGCAGUCAUCAGCAUUGAUGAUGUCGAGGGGGCAGAGGUCAGGGUCUCAUACCCACUGCUGAUCCGUACAGGAACCUCAUACUUCUUUGGAGGUUGUCCCAAGCCAGCCAGUCGAUCGGGCUGCCACUCCAACCAGACGGCGUUCCAUGGCUGCAUGGAGCUGCUCAAGGUGGAUGGUCAACUGGUCAACCUGACUCUGGUGGAGGGCCGGCGGCUUGGAUACUAUGCUGAGGUCCUCUUUGACACAUGUGGCAUCACUGAUAGGUGCAGCCCUAACAUGUGUGAGCAUGACGGUCGCUGCUACCAGUCUUGGGAUGACUUCAUCUGCUACUGUGAACUGACAGGAUACAAGGGGGAGACCUGCCACCAGCCUUUGUAUAAGGAAUCCUGUGAGGCUUAUCGACUCAGUGGGAAAACUUCCGGAAACUUCACCAUUGAUCCUGAUGGUAGUGGCCCCCUGAAGCCAUUUGUGGUGUAUUGUGAUAUCCGAGAGAACCGGGCAUGGACAGUUGUGCGCCAUGACAGGCUGUGGACGACUCGGGUGACGGGUUCCAGCAUGGAGCGGCCAUUCCUCGGGGCUGUCCAGUACUGGAAUGCAUCCUGGGAGGAGGUCAGUGCCCUGGCCAAUGCUUCCCAGCACUGUGAGCAGUGGAUCGAGUUCUCCUGCUACAAUUCCCGGCUGCUCAACACAGCAGGAGGCUACCCGUACAGCUUUUGGAUUGGCCGAAACGAGGAGCAGCACUUCUACUGGGGUGGCUCGCAGCCUGGGAUCCAGCGCUGUGCCUGUGGUCUGGACCGGAGCUGUGUGGACCCUGCCCUGCACUGUAACUGUGACGCCGACCAGCCCCAGUGGAGAACCGACAAGGGCCUGCUGACCUUUGUGGACCAUCUGCCUGUCACUCAGGUGGUGGUGGGGGACACAAACCGAUCCAGUUCGGAGGCCCAGUUCUUUCUGAGGCCUCUGCGCUGCUACGGCGACCGAAAUUCCUGGAACACCAUCUCCUUCCACACUGGGGCUGCACUACGCUUUCCCCCAAUCCGGGCCAACCACAGCCUUGACGUCUCUUUCUACUUCAGGACUUCGGCUCCCUCGGGAGUCUUCCUAGAGAAUAUGGGGGGCCCUUACUGCCAGUGGCGACGGCCUUACGUGCGGGUGGAACUCAACACGUCCCGGGACGUGGUCUUCGCCUUUGACGUGGGGAAUGGGGAUGAGAACCUGACGGUGCACUCAGACGACUUCGAGUUCAGCGACGACGAGUGGCACCUCGUCCGGGCGGAAAUCAACGUGAAGCAGGCCCGGCUCCGCGUCGAUCACCGGCCCUGGGUGCUACGGCCGAUGCCCCUGCAGACCUACAUCUGGCUGGAGUACGACCGGCCCCUGUAUGUUGGAUCUGCAGAGCUUAAGAGGCGGCCUUUCGUGGGUUGCUUGAGGGCUAUGCGUCUGAAUGGAGUGACUCUGAACCUGGAGGGCCGUGCCAAUGCCUCUGAGGGUACCUCACCCAACUGCACAGGCCACUGCGCCCACCCCCGGUUCCCCUGUUUCCAUGGCGGCCGCUGUGUGGAGCGCUACAGCUACUACACCUGUGACUGUGACCUCACGGCUUUCGAUGGGCCAUACUGCAACCAUGACAUUGGCGGUUUCUUUGAGCCUGGCACCUGGAUGCGCUAUAACCUCCAGUCGGCGCUGCGCUCCGCAGCCCAGGAGUUCUCCCACAUGCUGAGCCGGCCAGUGCCGGGCUACGAGCCUGGUUACAUCCCCGGCUAUGACACUCCUGGCUACGUGCCCGGCUACCAUGGCCCUGGGUACCGUCUGCCUGAUUACCCGCGGCCAGGCCGGCCGGUGCCAGGCUACCGCGGACCUGUCUACAACGUCACUGGAGAAGAGGUGUCCUUCAGCUUCAGCACCCAGUCUGCCCCCGCCGUCCUCCUCUACGUCAGCUCCUUUGUGCGUGACUACAUGGCCGUGCUCAUCAAGGAAGACGGGACCUUGCAGCUGCGCUACCAGCUGGGCACCAGCCCCUAUGUGUACCAGCUCACCACCCGCCCUGUGACAGACGGCCAGCCCCACAGUGUCAACAUCACCCGGGUCUACCGCAACCUCUUCAUCCAGGUGGACUACUUCUCCCUGACGGAACAGAAGUUCUCACUGUUGGUGGACAGCCAGCUAGACUCACCCAAGGCCUUGUAUUUGGGGCGCGUUAUGGAGACUGGAGUGAUUGACCCAGAGAUCCAGCGCUACAACACACCGGGUUUCUCGGGCUGCCUGUCUGGUGUCCGAUUCAACAACGUGGCUCCUCUCAAGACCCACUUCCGAACGCCUCGACCCAUGACCGCGGAGCUGGCUGAGGCCCUUCGUGUCCAGGGAGAGCUGUCUGAGUCUAACUGCGGAGCCAUGCCACGUCUUGUCUCAGAGGUGCCCCCUGAGCUGGACCCCUGGUAUCUUCCCCCAGACUUCCCGUACUACCAUGAUGACGGAUGGGUUGCUAUACUUUUGGGCUUUUUGGUGGCCUUCUUGCUGCUGGGACUGGUGGGAAUGUUGGUGCUCUUCUAUCUACAGAAUCAUCGCUAUAAGGGCUCCUACCACACCAACGAGCCCAAGGUCACACAUGAUUACCAUGCUGGCAGCAAGCCUCCUCUGCCUACUUCAGGCCCGGCCCCGGCCCCAGCCUCAGCCCCGACCCCGACACCAGCUUCCACCCAAGUUCCAGCCCCAGCUCCAGCUCCAGCUCCAGCCCCGGCCCCAGCCCCUGGCCCCCGGGACCAAAACCUACCCCAGAUUCUGGAGGAGUCCAGAUCUGAAUGA